CUUUUGUCUAUGGGUUAAAUUAAUUCUACUUAAAUUAUUUUAUAUAACCUAUUAAAUUGUUGUUUUGUGUAUAAUUUGCUGAAAAAUUAUACGAAUUUUAUCGUAAAACCUGACUAUUUAUCAACAACAUCCACGUUAAUUAAAAAAAAAUAAAUGUGAAAGUUAUGAUCAGUUAGCACAUAAGCAUCUGAAAUGUUUAUUUACUCGUCGUGAAAUCAACUGUUUGAUGUACAUAAUUCUUAUAUUGCAACCCAGUGAUUUAUUCACAACAACGUUAAUUAUAAACAGCAAAUUGAAGAGAUGUACUUAUAAAAACUGAUUUCAAUUAAUAAUCUGUUGCAGAACAGAUGUGCUUGAUAUUAUACAGCUGUCAAAAAAAUGGCCUUUUAGAAUGUUUUAAAACGAUUAUUAGAUUAUUUAAAGGUGAAGAAAUAGUCAAUUCAAGAGUGCUGUUACCUUUAAAAUGGCUAAUCACUAUGAAGUUCCAAGUUGGGCAGGCAAGCCACCAGUUGGCCUGCACUUGGAUGUAUUAAAAGGAGAAAAAUUGAUACAGAAACUUAUGAUUGAUGAAAAGAAAUGCUAUUUAUUUGGACGUAAUUCUCAAAUGAACGAUUUUUGUAUAGACCAUGCUUCGUGUUCCCGUGUGCAUGCUGCUUUAGUUUAUCAUAAGAUUUUAAACAGACCUUUCUUGGUUGACCUAGGAAGCACCCAUGGAACAUUUAUUGGUUCAUUACGAUUAGAGAGUUAUAAACCUACUCAAUUACCUAUUGGAUCUAAUUUUCAUUUUGGGGCAUCUACUAGAAUGUACAUUAUAAGAGAGAGACCACAGACAGGUAUAAGACCAAUUAUUGAUGAAAUUGAAAAAGUAGGAGAGGAAGGAGAAGGAGGUUUGCUUGGCCUUCCAGAAACUGAAACUGAAUUAGAUAAUCUGACCGAGUUUAACACUGCCCAUAAUAGGAGAAUAUCAAUGUUGGGUAUAACAGAUGACACUGAUAAACGAAAUAGUAGAAAACGAAAGAAAAAGAUGGUCAGUUUCAAUGAGGACGAGGAAGUAAUCAAUCCAGAAGAUGUUGAUCCAAACGUUGGAAAAUUUAGAAACUUAAUUCAAUCCACAGUUGUUCCGUCAUCCCAAAAACGAUCACGGUUUGACAAUAUGGGUCUCAAUAAUACUGAUUUUAAAAUUCCUCGAAGCAUUCAUACAACCAUGCCGCAAUUGUACCACGAUUUGCCUCCCGAGCAAACUGUAACUUCCAGUGGUAUUGGAAUGUACACUUCAUUAACUUCGAAGUUGGGAAUUGUGCUUCCAAACCCUGCACCUGACGUAGAUAUGGAACAAAACUACACGAAACAAACCACGUCAUUAGUGACGCCCUCAGUACCAUCGAAUGACUCGUUAGAACCGAAAAAGAAGAAAUAUGCAAAAGAAGCAUGGCCUGGAAAGAAACCUACUCAAUCAUUGCUUGUUUAAUGAAGUAAUUUCUAAUAGAAGUAAUUAAUAUUUAAUGAUUUUUAUAUUGUGGAUGAUUAUGUUCUGCAACUAUUUGUUUUGAUUUUACUGUCUGCAUAAUUUAAAUUAGACAAAUAAAAUUUUUAAUUUUU